AUGUCAGUAGCAACAGGUAAAGCAAUUGGAGCAUCAUUUCAAAAGUUAUUGAGAAAGAAGACAUUCAGACAUAUUCCACAUGGUUUGUUGAAGCAAUAUCCAGAGUAUGUCGUAGAGGCACUCCCAGAUACAUUCGUAGAGCAACUACCAGCAGUGCCAGCUGGUCUCGUAAAGAUUACAUUACACAAGAGUCCUGUCAAUGGUAACCCUGCUGUUAGAGGUACUCUCGCUGCACUUGGUUUGGAUAAGCGUUAUAAAUCUAUUGUACAAAAGAAUAAUCCACAAAUCAGAGGAAUGAUUCAUAGAGUUAGAACACAUGUUUCAGUUGAAGAAGUACCAUUACAAUAA